UAUCUUAAUUGGUCGAUGUUGCGUCGCACUGUUCGGUCGCACAAAAAAGUAAAAUUAACAAGUUUCAUUCAAUAGUAAAGAAAACGGAUUUAUUUGGGCUUAUAUAGUUAUAGUUAUGAAUAUACCCCAAUGGCAUACAAUACCGGCGGUGGCACUAAAUCAAAUAUUCGACUAUCUCGAUACUCGAGACCGCAUAUCUGCGGCCAAUUGUUGUUGGGCAUGGAGGCAACAUUUUUUUCAAAGACGAUACUUUAGAAACUUUCGCUUUCACAUUGACUUGGCUAAGGAUGAGCAAUUGGCGUUCUUCCAUCGCAGCAUGGCCAAUCUGGCCAAGGAGCUGGUCAUUGUCUUCGAUUUCCACAAUGCCUUUCACAUACAGAAAAUGCGUCGGCUGCUCUACAAGGCAGCGCGUUGUGAUAACAUUCGAGCGAUACGUUUCCAAACAGAUAAUGUAGGCCUCGUCGCUGCUGGCAAUAUGCAUAGUGAACAUCUGGUUGCUAUCGAACAAUGCUUCGUGGAGCCCUUAAAGUUGAUUUUGAGCCGCAAAAAUCAAGCGUGUCAGAUCUUGGAUCUGGGUGCCAUCGAAGCGCUUACCUAUUAUGGCCAGGACUUUCUAAAGACCAUGGGCAAGCCGCAGGAGUUACUGCAGCUAACACUGGCCAGCAUCAAAUAUGAUCCUAGUCACUAUCCCAUACUCGGGCUGGAUGCCACAUUGCUUCAAAAAUGUGCCGCCUUGCAGGUGCUCUCCCUGGACUACGAUACGCUUAACGAUGAGCUAUUGCAUACCAUACAGGUGUUGCCGUUGCGUAAGCUACUCAUUGUUGUGCAUGGACUUGAUCAGGAGGAGCAUGGCGAUGUCUCAGAGGCAGCUUGGUCAAAUUUCUCAACACAUUUCACGAGCAUUGAGCUGGUGCUGACGCUUGUCUAUGCCUAUGAAGCUGUGGAGCAGCUGCAAAUGCGCAUUCUGCGCCGACACAUGCCCGUCACUCACAUUCGCAUGCUCUUCUGUGAGUUUAUGAAUCAUGAGGCACUCGAUUGGAUGUCGGUGCAUAAUAGCGAUACUUUGCGCAGCAUCUACUACAUUGAUUCGUUGAGCAAGCAUUCCAAUAUGCGUCACACCAGACGCCAGGAUCCCUUUGUCAUGUUAUCCUGGCGCUGCAAACAGCUCGAGGAGAUCAUCGUCCACGGUUACACCAUGGAUCCGCACAAUUUGCUGGGCAUCGCACGAUUGCGCGGUCGGCAGUUGCAACGUCUCGAAGUAUCACAAAUCGAUUGGCCAUCCAACAACGCGGUUCAACCUCUUUUCAACGAGGAAAUGUGCACGUUGUUGGGUCAGCAAUGGACGCGGGUCGAGCCCGAGCAGCUGCCUAACGAGGCAUAUGGACCAGUGGACUACGAUAUAAGGGAUAAAUAUGUUUAUGAAUUGAUGCGUCAGGAUCUGAGCCGUUGAAGCACAACACAAAAUCAAAUGCAACCAAAAAUCGAAUAAAGCAACGUCAUGCAACAGCAACAGCAUCAGCACCAACAACAACAAACAGCAGAACAACAUGACACGUGAUCAAAUCGAGCGCAUAGAAAUUUGUAGCGUUUAGAAAAACUUUUACGUAGGCAAAAAAAAAAAAAAAAACUUUAAAACAGGGAAAAGCUCUUGACUUUUCUGUAAAGGUAAAAAAAAUGAAAAAGCAAACGAUUUUUGAUAUGUAUAACGUAAACACUUUAAUAAUUGGCAAGCCUUUGUACAACUAACAAAAUUUAUUUUAACUUUUGUCUUUCGUCUGCUAAACUAAGUAAAUUUUAAAAAUUUCAAAUUAUUUUGUUCGGCCAACACACACCCAAAAAAAAAAAAAAAGGAAACAAAUAUGAAAGAAUAUGUUAACGGGCAUAUAAAAGACUUGAGCACUUCAAAAAUGCAAAAUGUAAAACGAAUUGUAAGCACACACUAACGGGCAGUUUGUUGUUAACAUUAUAAUACUAGAAAGUUAGAAGAACAACAAACAGCGACACAAGUAAGAUAGUUAGGACAGACGAGAAAAUGUGAGGAAAUGAAUGGAUGAUAUAUAGAGAACAUCAUUUUAUAAGCAACAACAACUGUGAUUUAAAAAACAAAAUAUAAAAACAAAAUGCAAGCAAGCAAGCAAAAGUGAAGCCAGUUACAGCAAACAGCCGCAACAACAACCAAUUGUUAAGCAAAUUGUCUAGUUAGCUAAGUAAAAUAUAUAAAAAAGAUUUAAAAAACAAAAACAAAAAAAUCGUGUUGAAAAUGUUUGUAAACCAAAAAUGAAAUGAAAAAUAACUGACCAAUGUCAAAUUGUUAGCUCAAUCAAUUGGCGAAACAACAAAAAAAAAAUUGUUAACUUUUGUAAUGUAUGAAAAGAAUAUCAAAUGUAAAAAGUUUGGCGCUCCAUUGUGAUAAGACAACAACAACAACAAGAACAGCAACAACAAUUGUAACAUCAACAAGAAGAUGAGCCAUUUGUGUAGUUAUCAAAAAGUGAUAUUAGCAGCUUAUGUAAAGCAUAUUGUAAACAGCGCACGCCUGCAACAUAUAUAUAUAUGUAUAUCUAUAUAGCAAAAGUCCAGUUGGUGGGGCGUGUGCUGUAAAGAAAACUUGUUAAAUGAGAGACAUGCGUUAGCCAGAAUUGAAUUGAAAUCGCGUAAAACCCAAAAUGCAAUCAAUCGCAACACUUAAGUAUUUUGUAUUUUCGUAGCAACAGGCAUUCAUUUAUACAAUAACAACUACUAUAUAUAGUUUACUUAUGUUUGCACAAAACAAAACAAAAAGAAAAAGAAAAACAACAACAAACAAGAAAUGUUAGUUCAAAUGUUUGCCAAGACAAUUGCCCAACAGGUGCACAGCAGCUGAGCAGCUAG